AUGGAUGCCAAAGAGGUACGUGAAGAAGAGGACAUUUACGAUGUCCUCAUCGUUGGGGCCGGACCUUGUGGCCUCUCCAUCGCCGCCCGUCUCCGGGAACACACCCCCGCCGCACUCUUCACGGACGAAGAACACCGCCGCUAUCACUGGAUCGGCAAGUACGGCAAGAAGGUGACGCUCAAGCACGUCAAGAGCGGCAAGAUAUCCAACGCACAGACGGCCCGGCCCGAGUACAAGAUGCUGGUCCUGGACGCCACCGCCGGGACCUGGAUGGGCCGCUGGAACAGGCUGUUCAAAAUGUACGACAUCUCGCACCUGCGGAGUCCCAUGCUGUGGCACGUUGAUCCUCAGGACCGCGAUGCCCUGCUCUCGCACGCCUAUUCGAAUGAGCGGGAGAGCGAGUUGGUGGAGAUUCGGAACUGUGUGGGCAAGGAAAUCAGCAAGCACUCGAAGAAGAAGUCCACAGGGCAUCGUGCGUGUGGCGGAAAGCAAGCAGCUCGCAUCGCCAUCAACUUGAGAGAAAGAAACGACUACUACACGCCCUCGACCUCCCUCUUCUGCGACCACUGCGAAAAGGUUGCUGACCGAUACAAACUGGGCCCCGAGCUCAUCCGCAAGGAGUCUAUGGAGCACAUAGACUACGGCGUCGUCAAGGGCAUCUCCAUCGACGACGAGAAGCUCUUCACGGUCACGUCCAACCAAGUUCGGCGAUACGCCCGGGCCGUGGUGCUGGCCGUCGGCCCGGCCAACGUGGCCAAGAUCCCCCGGAUCCCAUCCAUGCCUUCUGUCGAGUCGCUGCCCCAGACAUGCCACAGCAUGCACAUUGAGCGGUUCCCAGACCCUAUCGUCCAGGAGCGAAUAAAGGCUCGCCGCGCAACCAACAUCCUCGUGGUUGGAGGCGGUCUCACGUCGGCUCAGCUGACGGACCUGGCGAUCCGAAGAGGCGUCACAAAAGUGUGGCACAUCAUGAGAGGCCCAUUGCGCAUCAAGCACUUUGACGUUGACCUGGAGUGGAUGGGAAAGUACAAGAACGCGGAGCAGGCCCGGUUCUGGACUGCCGAUUCAGAUGACGAGAGACUCGAGAUCAUCAAAGAGGCUCGCGGCGGCGGCAGCCUCACGCCCCUCUUCCACAAGCGACUCAAGAAGCACCUUAUCAGCAAAAAGCUGGAGCUCCACACAGAAACAAGCCUUGUCGAUGCCAAGUUUAACGAAAAUGACGGAAACGGCAUGUGGACGGUGCAGACCAGUCCACCGAUCGAGGGCCUACCGGCCAUGGACUACAUAUACUUCGCCACGGGCAUUCAGACAGACUUUUCAUCCCUGCCAUACCUGAAGACCAUGCUCGAGAAAUAUCCCAUCGAGGGACGAGGAGGGUUCCCCUGCGUCAACGAGGACCUGAUGUGGAACGACGACGUGCCGCUAUUCAUGAUGGGCAGAAUGGCCGCGCUACAACUGGGUCCUGCGGCGCCGAAUUUGGGAGGCGCUAAAGUGGGAGCUGAGAGAAUUGCAUGGGCGAUUGAAGACCUGGUGCCUCGGCCGGGAUCACAGGGGGAUGGCCUUGUUGAUGUACGCGCAAGUGGAAUGGCAGGAUAUCUGUCCGGUCAUGGGAACAUGUACAGCACGUUGGCGGAUGAGUAA